UUUCGUGUAGAUUUCCAGUGGGUCCAGGGAGAUGUAUGUGAAGUUCAAUUGAUGGUGUACAACCCUAUGCCUUUUGAGCUCCGAGUAGAAAACAUGGGUCUCUUGACAACAGGAGUAGAAUUCGAAUCUCUUCCUGCAGCUCUUUCUCUACCUGCAGAAUCUGGUCUCUAUCCGGUAACUCUUGUGGGUGUUCCUCAAACUACUGGACAGAUCACUGUCAAUGGUUACCAUACUUCAGUUUUUGGAGUCUUCAGUGAUUGCCUUCUGGAUAAUCUGCCAGGAGUGAAGACCAAUGGCUGUACUGUUGAAGUCAUUCCAGCUUUGCCAAGGCUGCAAAUCAGUACCUCCCUUCCAAGGUCUGCUCAUACACUUCAGCCUUCUUCGGGGGAUGAAAUCUCCACUAAUGUGUCUGUCCAGCUUUACAAUGGAGAGACCCAACAGCUUAUCAUUAAGUUAGAAAAUAUUGGAACAGAACCAUUGGAGAAACUAGAGGUCACAGCGAAAACAGUCAACACUAAAGAGAAGCUGUAUGGGGACUUCCUGAGUUGGAAGCUAGAAGAUACCCUCUCCCAGUUUCCUCUAAAACCUGGAAAGAUUGCAACGUUUACUGUAAACAUUAAAGUGAAGCUGGACUUUUCAUGCCAAGAAAACCUUCUGCAAGAUCUCAGUGAUGAUGGAAUCAGUGUGAGUGGACUUCCGCUCUCCAGUCCUUUUCGGCAGGUUGUCAAACCAAGAGUAGAGACUAAACCUAUUAAUCCACAAGAAAGCAGCAAAGUUGGUGACUUCAGUCAUGUGAAGACACUGGAAGCCAUUUUGAAUUUUAAGUACUCUGGUGGACCAGGACAUGUUGAAGGAUAUUACAGGAACCUUUCACUAGGCCUUCAUGUAGAAGUAGAGCCAUCUGUUUUCUUCACACGUGUCAGCACCCUUCCAGCAACAAGCACCCGGCAAUGCCAUCUACUUCUUGAUGUCUUCAAUUCUACAGAACAUGAGUUGACCAUCAGUGCUAGGAAUAACGAAGAUUUAAUUCUGCAUGCUGGGGAAUGUCAGCGUAUGGCUAUCCAAGUUGACAAAUUCAAUUUUGAGAGCUUCCCAGAAUCCCCUACCGAUGGGACACAGUUUGCGAAUGCAAAGCAGCUGGAAGAAGAAAGGCAACAAGCAAAAGGUCUGGAGAUUAACAGCAAACUGGAGAUUUGCUGGAAAAUUCCUUCCUUGAAGCGUGAAGGGGAAGCAAGUGUGGAAGGCGUUCUUAAUCAACUGGUCCUGGAGCAUCUACAGUUGGCUCCUCUCCAGUGGGAUAUCCUCAUUGAUGGCAAGCUUUGCGACUGCGAUAUUGUGGUGGACUGCAAAGUGGGGGACCCCAUCCCGCUGGAGGUGAAGCUGACCAACUGGAGCAAACACAGCGUGGGGCCCUUCGCUCUUACCGUGACGCCCUACCAGGAUUACCAAAAUGGGGUGCACAACUAUGAGCUGCAAGAUGCUAUCACCUUUGUGGGAUCAAACACCUUCUACAUUGAUUCAGUGAAGCCGACCAAAGACUCUGUGUACUUUGGAGCACUUCUCUUUCUCUACACAGGCGAUUUCUACCUGAAUAUCAAAUUCCAUGAAGACAACUGCAGCAGGGAGCUGCCUCUGUCCUGGUUCUGCCUUCCUAGUGUCCACAUCCGUGCUAUGGAGCCUAUGGUCCAAACUAAGCUGUAAAUGUACUGCGUGCUAUUUGAUUAACCACAGUGCACAGAAAUGCUUGGCACAUCCUCUGCUUGACCCCCGCUUGUUUCUGUCCAACCCCAGGCCACAGUCCCUACUUUGCAGGAA